AUGGGGGAACCCAGGCGGGGCCGCAGCUGCAGCAGCUGCAGCAGCAGCAGCGGCAGCAGCACCCGUAGUGUGCACUGCAGCAGCAACAAAGACAGCAGCAGCAGCAGCAGCAGCGAAUCAGGUGUAGAUAUUGUCGGAGUUGGAGUAGUCGCCCCUAGGGGGAACUGGGCCCGACGCCGUAGAAAGCUGCAGCAGCUGCUGCAGCAGCAGCAGGAGAUACGGUCGGAGGGCGAAUUGAGCUGCUGCAGCAUCAGCAGCAGCAGCAGCAAACCCAGCAGCAGCGACAGCGACGACUGCAUCUUGGUUGCUGUUGCUCACCGGCAACAGCAGCAGCAGCAGCAGCAAAAUAGGGGCGCAGCGUUGAGUGCGCUGCAGCAGCUGCUGCUUAGCCCAUAUCUAGCAGCAACACUUCUUGCUUUGCUGCCUUCUGCUGCUGAUAUCCGGGCGUUGCUCGUAGCUGUGGGGCGCCCUGCUGCUGCUGCUGCGGCUGCUGCUGCUGCUGAUCCUGCUGCUGCUACUGCGGCGGCUCAACAGCCGUCGCAAGAAGAAGGAGCUGCUCAUGAUGCAGCAGCAACAGCAGCAGCAACAGCAGCAGCAACAGCAGCGCUCUCAGCUGCGGCUUAUAGAGAACUUUGCCUCAGGCGGCUCUCUUCUACCAGAGCCUCCAAUAAAUUUGCUGCUGCACUGCAGCAACUGCAGCAGCAGCAGCAGGCAGUAGAAGCGAUAGACAGAGCAACAGCAACACCAGCAGCAGCAGCAGCAGAUGCAGCAGCAGCAGCAGCAGCAGCACAAGAGGGACCAGUUCCGCCCGAAGCUGCAGCAGCAGCUUGGCGCCAGGUGUUUUGGGUGUAUGUACACCCCAGAUAUUGCGACGCCUGCGGCAAAAAGAUGCGAGGCUCUUCAGCAGCAGCAGCAGCAGCAGCAACAGCAGCAGCAGCAGCAGCAGCAGGUUCAGGAGGCGCUGCAGAUCCCGGUGCUUCUGCUCCUCCAGCAGAAGGGCGGGGAGCAGCAGCAGCAGCACCAGGAGUAGCAGAGUCUGCAGCAGCAGCAGCAGCAGAGACAGCAACGGGAGAGACAGAAGCAGCAGCAGCAGCAGAGACAGCAGCAACGGGAGAGACAGAAGCAGCAGCAGCAGCAGCAGCAGUGACACUGUGCAGCAGCUGCUGCAGCAGUUUGCUGCCCCGCAAGGAAGCAGCUUUUAUCCUCCGGCGGCUGCGCUCUGACGAGCUGCUGCUGCAGCAGCACCUGCGUCACCGCCGCCGCAGCAGCAGCAGCAGCAGCGGGUGCAGCAGGCUGCUUUGGCCGGAACAGGCAGCAGCCCAAGCAGCAGCAGCAACGACAGCAGCAGCAGCAGCAGCAGCAGCAGGCUGGUGCCUCGGGGGACUCUUUGCUGCUAAGGAUUUGCUUUCAAAGCUGCAAGCAGCACAUCUUGCUGCUGCUGCCAGCAUAAAGCGCCGUUUGCUGCAGGGCCUCAGCAGCAGCUGGCUGCAGAGCUGCGGCCCCCUCUUUGUCCGGCAGCACAUAGCAGCAGCAGUUGCUGCAGCAGAAGCAGCAGCAGCAACUCCUGCUGCUGCUGCUGCUGCUGCUCAGGAAGAGCACCCAGGGGACCCCUUAGCUGCUCUCGCCUGUUUUGCUGCGGAAGCGCAGCAGGACGGAGCUGCAGCUGCUGCUACAGCAGCAGCAGCAGCAGCAGCAGCAACAGCAGCAGAAGCUGCUGCCGCUGCAGCAGAAGCUGCAGCAGAAUCCCCAGAAGGGGCAUCGCCAGCAGCAGCAGCAGGUGCAGCAGAAGCCCCCGCAGCGCCAGGCGCAGCAGCGCAGCAAACUGCAGCAACGACUUCCGCUGCUGCAGCUCCUGCUGCUCCUGCUGCUGAGGCUGGCAGCAACUUCUGCAGCAGCGCAGCAAAGUCGACGCACAGGGAAGCCCUAGGUGCUGCUGCUGUCUCCUUUUUUGCUGCAGCGCAGCAGCAGACAGCUCGAGGUGCUGCUGCUGUUGCUGUUGCCUUGAGGGGGCAGCAGCUGCUGCUGCGCGCUGUGGGGCCCAGCCGGCUGCAGCUGCUGUCGCUGCAGGCCCCUGCAGCAGCAGCAGCAGCAGCGGAAGCAGCAGCAAACGCGGGCUCAGACGCUGCUGUUGCUGCUCCUGCUGCUGCUGCUGCUGCAGCACUCUGCGAUUUUAGCCGUGUUGAGCCUUUCCGCUGCAGCAGCCUCGCAACGCUCAUUGCCUGCUGCUUUGCUGCGCUGCUGCGACCUUUGCUGCUGCUGCUGCACCGGGACGCAGCAGCGGGAGCAGAGCAGCAGCAGCAGCCAGCAGCAGCAGCAGCAGCAGCAGCAGUUCCCCACUUUGGACUGCGCCUUGACGACUUCUUUUGUGCUGCUAUGGCAGCCCAGAGGAUUGCCAAGAGGUUUUUCCGGCUGACAACGCAUGCAGACUUGGGGGCUUUGGAUAUAAUGUUUACAGAAUGGACUGCAGCAAGAAGUUUGCUGCUGCGGCGCUGGCUGCGGCAGCAGCAGCUCAAAGCUGCUGCUCCCCGGCUGCAGCAGCCCGCAGGGGGGCCCCCGGGGGGCCCCCCUGGGGGGCCCCCCAGGAAGAAGCGACAAGUGGAGACGCAACAGCAGCAGCAGCAGCAGCAGUCAGAGAACGGCAGCUGCAGCCAGGUAGCUGUGCCCAGCAGCAGCAGCAGCAGCAGCAGCAGCAGUAGCAGCAGCAGCAGCGUGAGCGCGCUUUCUGUUGCUGCUGCUCUGCGCCGCAGCAAAGGAAGUAGGGGAAAUCGGCAGCUGGCUCAUCCGUCGGCGGUGGCAGCUCUUGCUGCUGCCCUCAGCGGCAGCAACAGUAGCAGCAGCAGCAGCAGUAGCAGCAGCAGCAGUAGCAGCAGUAGCAGCAGCAGCAGUAGCAGCAGCAGCAGUAGCAGCAGCCCCGGCGCCACCGAGGCAACUGGAAGAGCAGCAGCAGCAGCAGCAGCAGCAGCUCAGGGCGGCGCGCGUCGGCGUCGCAGCAGCGGCAGCAAGUUGGGCGACGAUGAGUCCUCAGUGGCAGCAGCAGCAGCAGCAGCAGCAGCAGCAGCAGAAACGGGGGACAAGGCUGCUGUGACUUUGUACUCUGCUUUGCUGCUGGAAACUCUUUACUUUUUUCUGUUUGACGCGAAGACAGAAAAACCCCUGAGGCCCUAUUCAUGGACCGAGGGUUUGUACGCCUACCUCGAGAAGUACGACUUGGAACUGGAAAAGAACUUCCUGCAGCUUAUUGGCAAACACUCCAAAAAAAGCUGGACAAGAUUUAUAAAUGAAGAAAACAAAACCCUCGCAGUUCCCGAGGCGGUGGACUUGCUGGACAAAAUGUUGAUAUACGACCACCAGCAAAGAAUUCUGCCCCGCGACGCGCUAAACCACCCUUACUUCCAGCCCGUAGUCGAAGAAGAACAACGCAAUGCUGCAGCAGCGGCUGGAGAGGCCCCGCGACUGUAA